AACAUUCAGACCCAACAGGAACUUGUAAUUUUUUGUUCGGAUUCAGGUCGGUUCUUCUCCGGUCCGGUCGGUUCGAGUCCAUAAUUAAAGUACCGAUAAAAUACCUGUAAUUUUUGGAUCCAUAUCAGUCCGGAUCGAUUUCAAGUAUUUAGGAUCUAAAAAGAACAUGACAUACCCAAACUCCAUCAAAUUUAGUAGAUAUUUGUCAUAUAUAUCUAAAAUUUUACAAAACAACCUAAAUUAAACUAUUAGUAAUUAAAAUAAAACAUUUUUAAACUCUAAAUUUUAUAUUUUAAAGCUUCAUAUUACUUAAAAAUACUACAAAAUAAUAACAAAUAUUGUUAACAAAAGAUAUUUCAACUUUCUUAAAAUAAUAUAUAUUAAAUAGAACACAAGAAAAUCAUAUUUUUGGAAAAACAUGUUUUAAGUUGGGUACAAAUCGGUUCUUAUCGGGUCGGUUCUUUUUGGAUCCGAGUUUAUUCGAGUCGGUUCCUUUCGUUCUGGUUCUUUCAAGUAAAUGAAAUCUGAAAUCUUGAUCCAAAAAAUGCUUGUAAACUUUCGGUUCGGUUUCGGGUUGGGUAUUUUCGGAUUGGUUCUAGUUUGAGUUUUCAGGUCCAGGUUAAAAUGUCCAGACCUACCGUGGAUCUAAGAGAAAACUUCUUGACAGCGGGAUUUUCAUUUCUUUUAUUGUAGAAAAAUAUAAACAAAUGUGUUCAUCACUAAGAGGGUGUAUUGAAUCUGAUAUUUUAAGUGAUUUGAUAUUAAGUGAGUUUUUAGAUGAUUUUAGGUGGAUUUAAUAAUUUAUGGGUGAUUUUUGUUAAUAAUUCUAAAAUUUUAUCUAAAACAAUGAGAUUUGGAUUUUUAUUUUUAUUACUAAGAAAAUCCUCUCAAACACUCUAGAAAUAAUUAAAACACUUUAAAAUCUCCAAUUUAAAUUUUGUUCAAUAACAAUGAAUUUUAGAAUGUUUUAUGAAAUGAUAAGUUCAAUAACACUGAAUUUUAAAGUGUUUUUUAAAAUCCAUGUUAGAAUAACAGUAAUCACUUCAAACUCCCAAUAUUUUCUUGAUGUUACCCGUUAGACCCUAUAAUUUUUUUUAUUAAUAUCUUUUAGUUGAAAAGUAUUUAUAUAAAAAAUAAUAAUAUUAAUAUAGUAGAUCGAUUAAUACUUGAAAGAUCUUUUCAUUAAAAUCCCUAGAUGUAACGAUAAUAAUCAGGCUUUGCAAAUGGACUUUGAACAUGCGAGUGGAAGGCCGAGAUGCACAGUAUCUAAUCGAAUUAAGAAUCGGGGUCUAUUUAUUUUAAUUAUCCUUUCAGGACCCACAAUAAUUAGAAAUCUUAGGUCAAAAUAAAAAUUAAACCCCCCAUGUUUUAUUUCGAUCAAUCAGCCCCCUAAUUUUUCCUCUCUCUCUCUAUAUCGGGACCGAACCCAAAACACAAACACAGCAGAAGAAAAGAGAGAGACGUAGACAGAGAGGAGAGAGAGGAAGUGGAAGCUCUUUUGGUUUCUGUGAUAGAGCUCGUGGUCUUCUACAAUGUCUGUGGAGAAGAGCUUGAAGGCGGCUGAGAUUCCCGAUGGGGAAGGCGGAGAUAAAGACCAACGAGGCGACCGAUUUGGUCCAGAACCUGAAGAGAAGCAAGAAGAGGAUCUACAAGAGAGGAAAGAUGAAGAAGGAGGAGACGACGAAGAAGAAGUGAAACGCGACGAGGCGGAGGAGGAAGAAGUAGUCGAAGAAGACGAGGAAGAUGCAGACGAGGAGGAGGAGGAGGAGAAAGAUGAAGAAGAAGAAGAAGAGGAAGAAGAUUCUAAGGAGAAAAGUCCAUCUUCUGCAUCAGGAGUGAACUCAGAAUUUGUGGAAAUUGAUCUAGGAGAAAUCCGUAAAGACGUCCAGUGUCCCAUUUGCUUAGGAAUCAUAAAGAAAACAAGGACUGUGAUGGAAUGUCUGCAUCGGUUCUGUAGGGAAUGUAUUGAUAAGUCAAUGAGAUUGGGGAACAAGGAAUGUCCAGCUUGCAGGAAACGUUGUGCAAGCCGUCGUUCUCUUAGAGACGACCCCACUUUUGAUGCUCUUAUUGCAGCUCUAUUCUCAAAUAUUGAUACGUAUGAGGAAGAGGAAUUCGCUUUUCAUGAAGAUGACAAGGCUCGUAACAAGCAGAUUCAAGCAUCUAUAGCUGAAGUAUCGCAGAGACAAUCUGAGGCUCUUGUGAAAAGAAAAUCUUUUGGUAAAGAGGCAUCGGUUUCAACGAGACCACAACGUAGAAGGAGAAGGAACUGCAGAAACAUGGAACAGAACACAGUAGAAGAAGCCAAUGAAGAUGAUAAUAAUGAUGACAACAACGGGAAAGAUUCGUCUUCAGAAGAGCGUGGUGCAGAAGUCCGGCUGAGAAAAAGAAGGAAACGGUCUACAAGUCGUUCAACACUGAACCCUUCUUCUUCAGGUGCAAACAACAACAAUGGUAACUGCGCAGAGAACGACGCAGAUAUGAAUCUUCGAGACAACAACAGCAAAGGGAUAUCUCCAGGGCUUGUGUGGAACCCGGAGAUACUUGCUUGGGGAAGAGGGGGUACAAGGAGUCACACAAGGCAUGGGAAUAAUGCAACAGGAGGUAGUAGUAAGAGUGUGAGGAAUGCUCGCGUGAAUAGACUUGUGGAGUGUCUACGCAGCAGCGUCGAUGGCAACAGUAUUGAGGAUAUUCAUCUCAAGCUUGUCUCAGUGGACACAAACUGUGUACCAGAGUUACCUCAAGCAUAUCUCUGUUGCCGACCCACUUUGCCUGUUAAACAGCUCCGUGAAUUUGUGGCACUUCAGUUACAUCUGAAGACUGAAGAGGUGGAAUUGUUGGUAACAAGAGAAUUAGGAGGAGGAGAUAAGGCAAUAGAGAAUCUUCCUGUAGUGGCUUCAGAUUCAGCUUCAGCAUCCAAAGAAGAGAUGCAAAGUCUGGAAGACAAUGAAACAUUGUCAAGGCUCAAAGUUGAACAACAUUUGGUAGCGUCACCAUUAAUAAUCAUAGCUUACCGGCAGAAGCAAACCGAGUGAAAGAAACUUGGAGCCUGAAGGACGUGCUGCUGCGAAGAACAACAACAACGUAUAUAUAAAGAUGGAUCAGGGGGCUUGUGUUAUCUGUUUGCUAGAUUAUAUAUCUCAGUUGUUUUUUUUCGGUUUAAGUAGUUAAGUUCUAUGGAAUUUUACAUUUGUGAGUCUUUUUUUUUUCUCAUUGUAGUCUGUAGACGUUAUUUAGUAUUCUGUGACAGUUUCAGGUAAAGCACAUUACUUGUCUUAUUAAAUUAAUUUAUAUUUUUAUACCGUU